CGGGGCGGCGGGAUGCGGCGCCUGGGGCGGCAGUGACCACGGAGCGCACCCCUCGGGCCCAGCCCUGACUCCCGCCGCCCGCGCGCCCGCCCGCCCGCCGAGCCCCCGCCGAGGUGAGCCCCAACACGCGGGUCCACGACCCCGGGUCUGGACAGGCCGAGAUGACGCCGAGUCCCGCGUUGCUGCUGCUGCUGCUGCCGCUGCUGCUGCUGCUGCUGGGGGCCCUCCCACUGGCUGCCGCCGCCCGAGGCCCCCCAAGGAUGGCGGACAAGGUGGUCCCCAGGCAGGUAGCCCGGCUGGGCCGCACUGUGCGUCUGCAGUGUCCAGUGGAAGGGGACCCGCCACCACUGACCAUGUGGACCAAGGAUGGCCGCACAAUCCACAGUGGCUGGAGCCGCUUCCGCGUACUGCCCCAGGGCCUGAGGGUGAAGGAAGUGGAGUCCGAGGAUGCUGGCAUCUACGUGUGCAAGGCCACCAAUGGCUUUGGCAGCCUCAGUGUCAACUACACCCUCAUCGUGAUGGAUGACGUCAGCCCAGGGAAGGAAAGCCUGGGGCCCGAUGGCUUCUCCGGGGGCCAAGAGGACCCGGGCAGUCAGCAGUGGGCGCGGCCUCGCUUCACACAGCCCUCCAAGAUGAGGCGCCGGGUGAUCGCACGGCCAGUGGGCAGCUCUGUGCGGCUAAAGUGCGUGGCCAGUGGGCAUCCACGACCCGACAUCAUGUGGAUGAAGGACGACCAGGCCUUGACACGCCCAGAGGCCAGUGAGCAUAGGAAGAAGAAGUGGACGCUGAGCCUGAAGAACCUGCGGCCCGAGGACAGCGGCAAGUACACGUGCCGCGUGUCAAACCGGGCGGGUGCCAUCAACGCCACCUACAAGGUGGAUGUGAUCCAGAGGACCCGCUCCAAGCCUGUGCUCACGGGCACACACCCCGUGAACACGACAGUGGACUUUGGGGGGACGACGUCCUUCCAGUGCAAGGUGCGCAGCGACGUGAAGCCCGUGAUCCAGUGGCUGAAGCGCGUGGAGUACGGCGCCGAGGGCCGCCACAACUCCACCAUUGACGUGGGCGGCCAGAAGUUUGUGGUGCUGCCCACAGGUGACGUGUGGUCGCGGCCGGAUGGCUCCUACCUCAACAAGCUCCUCAUCACGCGUGCCCGCCAGGACGACGCAGGCAUGUACAUCUGCCUGGGCGCCAACACCAUGGGCUACAGCUUCCGCAGCGCCUUCCUCACCGUGCUGCCAGACCCAAAACCGCCAGGGCCACCAGUGGCCCCUUCAUCCUCCACCAGCAGCCUCCCAUGGCCUGUGGUCAUCGGUAUCCCAGCUGGCGCCGUCUUCAUCCUGGGCACCGUGCUCCUGUGGCUCUGCCAGGCUAAGAAGAAGCCGUGUACCCCUGCAUCUGCCCCGCCCAUGCCUGGGCACCGCCCACCUGGGACGGCCCGUGACCGCAGUGGGGACAAGGACUUGCCUGCAUCAGCUGCCCUCAACCCUGGCCCUGGCGUGGGGUUGUGUGAGGAACUUGGGCCCCCAGCAGCCCCCCAGCUCCUGCUGGGCCCAGGCCCGGUUGCUGGCUCCAAGCUGUACCCCAAACUCUACACGGACAUCCACACGCACACACACACGCACUCACAUAUGCAUUCACACGUGGAGGGCAAAGUGCAUCAGCACCAGCACAUCCACUACCAGUGCUAGACGGUGGCGUCCCUGCAGAACGCCGGGGUGCUGGGGCCGAGGGCAGACAGGAGGAGGCUUGGGAGGGGCAGGGGGCAGAGCGCAAGGAGGGAGGUGGACCCACCACGGGAGGUGUGGCAACACCCUGGGGCGCCCCGUGUGAGGCUCACAAAGCCCUCGACAUGUGCACACAUGCAGACAUGUACGCACGCACACACAGACAUGUUGC